AUGGCGUCGGUGGCGGGGUUUUUCUUCCAGUCUCUGAACAAGUCGCUGGUUCAGGUGCUGCUGCGGCAACUCGGGACGCGCUUCCUCAAGUAUAUCAACGCGGACUUUGACAGCGCGGCCGUGGGGGGGCUGAUGGAUCACCUCUGUCUGCAGCAUGUGACGCUGAAUUUGGCUCAGAUUAACUCAGAUUUGGCGCUGCACCACAUCCCGCUGCGCCUGGCCGCCGGCUCGAUCGCGAAGGUCGAAAUCAACCUUUAUCUCGCGCACGCCCAGCUUCACGUAAUCCUGACCGGCUUCCAUGUGCUACUCCGCCCCACUCUCUCGAGUCUGGCGACGGGGCAUCCCGGCGCAGCGGCGCCGCCUUCUGCCGCGGCCGCCGCGUCGGCGCCGAGUCUCAGCCGGCAGGCGUCGCCGCUGAGUGCGCGGGGCUUCGGGGGGGCGGCAGCCGCGGGGGGGGAGGCGUUGGAGGGUGCGGCGCCGGGGGGCGGGGUCUCGAAGGAGAUCUUUGACAGCCAGGUUGAGAAGAUUCGGGCGCACAUCCGCGUGUGCACCAACCAGCUCUUCCAGGAGGGCGUGAAGAAGUACCUUGAGCGGCUUCAGCGGCUCAUUCAGCAGUUCGCGCUGCAGCUGAGUGAGCGCGCGCCGGGGACUGCGACGGAGCAGGCGCUGAAGGCCGCGAUUGAGCGGCACAGUGUGGAGUACAAGAAGCUGCAGCUCUACCAACAGAAGAUCGCGCAGCAGGAGGAAGAGCGCCAGCCGCUUCUCCAGUGGCUCCUGCGGUACAUGCCCAACGUGAAAAUCCGCAUCGACGACAUCCACAUUCACUACGACGACGGCCGCGGGAUCCUCUCGCACCCCGUCAGGUGCGGCCUCAAAGUCGCCCGCCUCCUCCUCCAGCCGCAACACGGUUCCUGGGACUUCUCCUGGCCCCAGGCCGAAGACGACAACCACGGAAAGCCGCAAGACGGAUCGGUACGGCGCAGCAGCAAGGCCGCCAGCGACGUCGCCUCCAACGUGUUCCUUCAGUCGCGAGAUGGAGAGCGAGGAGACGGGAGCGCCGGUGCCUCGCCUGCGACCGGGGGGACGCAUCCGCCGUCUUCGGCGGCGGGCGGCGCAAUUGGAUUUCAGUCCCCUGGGACCCGAGACCUGACCUACGGCAUAUCUCUCGAAGGCUUCGGCAUCUACUGGGAGGACGCAUGCGCCACGGCCGCUGCGACCGCGGCCGCGGCGGGGACUGCGAGUAGCCGGACUUCAUCGCGGAGCCCGGGGACGUCGUCUCCCUCGACGACGACGGCGUCGUCCUCUGGAUCUCUGUCUUCUGCGUCUUCGAGUUCAACUCUGGUUCGCUCGCCACUCGAGCUCGCCGAAGUGCUGUCGUCCUCGCUCUCCGCGUCGUCGCGCCUCUCGGGAGGCGGCCUCAAGCAAGCGGCGCCCUCACAUCCCACAAUCUCUCCGACCCCCGCACGCCCGGUGGCGGCGGCGCGGCGCGGCGGCGUCCCCACGCCGUCCUCGUUCACGGGGGAGGGCAGGCAGGGCGAGGCUGGUGCGUCAGCGGACGACGUCGUCUUCUUCCGGCGCUGGUUCCUUCGACCUGUCAACCUCCAGGCGCAGCUCGGGCUCCAUAACUCUGCGGCGGCCGCGCCGGGCGCCUCUGUAGGUGCUCGCGGCGAGUCUGCGGUCGUGAGUGGCGGUGCGGGCGGGUCCGGCGUCUCCGACAAGGGGCUCCGGGGGGUCGGGGCGCCUGCGGUCGCGUUGGGCUCCUCGGCGGUGCCGGCGGGGUCGGGGGCCGCGGGGGGUUCGGCGUCGGGGACGGCGUCACCCGGGGGGGCCGGCGGGGGCGCAGCGGUGGGUGCGUCGCACUUUAUGCUCAAGUUUUUGGGCAAGAUCGAGGAGGGCGGCGUGGAGAUUGAGGUUGACGACGGCAUGGCAAUGGGCUUCGCGGUCUUCCUCGAGCGCCUGCGGCACCACAAGCGCCUGCGCGCCCUCCGCGUGUACCGUCCCAACAUGCGCCCGCGCUGUGCCCGCGGUAGACAGUGGCGGCGCGGCAACGGGAUCGAUCAAGAGCUCGCUCGCCCCUUCUGCGCGAGAGACAGAGGCGAAGGCACUACUAAGCAGUGGUGGUCUUACGCGCUCCAGUACGUCCGCCUGUUGCGACAACAGAGACCGAUGCGCCGUAUCUUGAGCGCGCAGGACGACGCCGAAAGCCGCAGCAACUUCUGGGGACAAAUGCAAGAACGCGUUGCCCACAUGAAGAGGUACAUUCGCAUCGCGAAGCGCUACAUGCUGGAGCAGCGCCUGCAGCGUUUGUUGGCAGGGCCUCUCAUGUCCGCGUCGCCCGCGGCUUCCUGUGGCGCGUCGUCUCCUUCUGCCCCUGAGCCCUCCUCACCGGACUCGCCGUCCGCGCUCCCGUUCGCGCUCACGUCGCCGCCCUCCACGUCGCCGCUUUCGCUUUCGUGCCCAUUCCUGGGCUCCUUUGUCUCCGCGUUAUCCUUGCCUGCGUCCUCGUCAUCGGGACUACCGUACACAACAGCGGACGCGAAUUUGUUGGAUUUCUUUUCGCAUUUCUGGGCUGAGCGACAGGCGCAGCUGAGGCGCCAGGAGGAGCGGCGGCGCGAGCACACCGCGGCUGUCUCCGCGCGAGACCCCGGCUUCGCACCGGCGGGGCCAACUGGCCCGCGAGGGGACGACCGCGGGGCGCCGCGGGGGCACGCCUGCGAGGCCUCAAAAGCAUCGCAGGCGUGCACUCGCGCGCUAUACACCUCGCAGUUUUACGAAGACGAUGAGGAAGAAGACUCCGACGCCGCCUUCAUCGUCAACGUGAUCUCGCGACGGCCCUACUGGGCCGUCGCGCAGUGGUACAUGCUCGCCGCGGCGGAGCUCGCCGCGGCGGAGAAGGCGCUGCUGAAGCAGCGCCAGAAGACCUCUGCGCUGAAGGACGAACAAAAAGACGUCCGCCUGCUUCUCGCGCAGCUCGAACAAGAGCGCCAGCUCCUCUUCCGCACGCGGCAGCGACUUCUCUUCGCGUCGCGCUUGCCGGCGGCGGGCGCUGUCCACGACGACCGGGAUCUCGCGCAGGCGCAGCUGCAGGAGAAGGAGCAGUCCAAGUCUGUGCAGCGCCUGCAGGACAAGCUGCAGCAGUACCUGCAGCCCCAGCGCGAGGCCGUGUUGUACUACUUCGAGACCUCCUCGUCCUUCGUGCGCGUCGCUCGCGAAGCUGUCGCCAAACUUCGAGAGCUGCGCAAAGUCGAGCAGGACGAAGCCGAACGCGACCAGGAGUACCUCCUGAAGCGAUCCCAAGCAGCGGAGGACUACAAGGAAGUCGUUCAGGAGCUGCAGACGAGCGCCUCCUGGCGCCGGUCGCGGGAGCGGAUGCUCUGCUGGGCGGAGUUCUAUCGCAACUACACGACGGUUUUCCCCCUCACAGAAUGCGUUCUGGUUAACGUGGUGCAGCUGCAGCAGCUCGCGGACCAGCAGCAGGACGUCGUUCUCUCACUCGCCGAAAGCAGCCGCGUGCCGGUGAAACGCGCAGAGCGGCGCGCGCCCGAGAGGCCCAUGACUGAAGAAGGGCAGGCGGCGCCGGCGCGCGCGGUUCCUCCAGUGCCCGCCUUUCUGCAGUACGUGCUGGACGGCAGGCCAUUUCGGGUGCCGGCGCUUCUGCGGAAUGUCCUCCUAGGCUUCCUGGUGCGCCGGCUGUCGAUUCGGAUUGCCCCGCGGGUUCCCCUGGGCGGGGGAGCGGCGUCGGCGUCGCGGCUCGCGCUGCUGCAGAGCCGACUCGAGCAGGAGCGCAGCCGCUGCGUCCAGUGGAUUCAGAUCGAGGGCGUCGACGCCGCGCUGCGACUGCAGACCUUCGAGGAACUCUCGCUCGCGUGCUGCAUGCGCCGCUGCGACGUGCUGCACGCCCGCGGCACGCGCGCGCCAAGCACCACUGCCGCCGCCGCGGCCUCGCCCUCGGGGCUGCUCGCCGCAGCCGGAGGCGGCGGCGGAGGCGAGCGGGGCGACGCGGGCGGGGGCCGGGGGAGGCAGAGGGCGGUCGUGGUGAGCGUCGGGCAGCUGCGCGAGCGCCUGACGCAUUUGCUGGUGCGCGUGGCUUUCGCAGACGGCGCGCAGGCCGCCGAGGGGGCGGCUGCGGGCGCGAGGCGCACGUCUUCGCUGUCCCCGUCGGGCACGCGCCGCUCGAAGCCCGCGGCGCCCUCCUCGCCGCCCUCCUCGCCGCCGUCGCCCGCGUCGCUGCUCGUUCCGGGGACGCCUUUCGGCGCCGGGGGCGGCGCGGCAGGAGACAAGAGCGACCCUCUGGAUCGGCUCUUUCUUCCCGCAGUCCAGGAGGGGGGGGCCGCGGGGCGCGAGGACCCGCGGACGCGCCGCGCGCACCUCCUCGCCUCCUCGCCGCUCGGGUCGGACAGCGAGGCCCUCGGCGCCAGCCAGCCGUCCGCGGUGGCGUUUGGGAGCGCGGCGCGGUCGGCGCUGAAGCGGGCCUUCCAGCGGAGCGUGGCGGCGACGCAGCGCGUGGAGCAGCGGGUUUCGCGGAGGUGGAUCUGGGUGAAUUUGAAGCUCGUGACCAUCCCGCUGCUGCAGACGCAGUUUCGGCUCGGCGUGCCUCUCUUUCUUCACUGCGCGCUCCAGGGGCAGACUAUCCAAGUCGCCGGCAGCACGCAGCAGCUGCAGUUCCUCUACGAGGACGUCUGGCGACUGUGGACAGUCUUUCUCUACACCGCCCUUGGAUGCAAUCGGGAGCUAGGCGUGCGACAGCGCAGCAUCCAGAGGCAAGUCGAGACAAGAGAGCUCAGCGAAAAAGCGGCGAGAGGGCACCACGCCAUGCAGACACAGCCAGGCGCGGACAAGCUCGAGUUCUACACAACCUUGCUGUCGCAGUACCGCGCCUUCAAUCGAGAGGUGACGCGAGUCUCACGCCAGGCGAAGGGCGGAGACGAUGCGAAGAUGACUCAGACCGGGCCCGCCGCGGGGAAGGCGAACGCCAUCGAUCUUCAUUUUCUCGUCGAGCGCAUCGUCGCCUGCGUACAAGGGCCUUCGUCUCUCGCGACAGCCGCGGCGGCGCCGUCGCCUUCGCCGUGGUUUUUCACGCCGAUUUCUCCCGAGGUGUCUGCUGUACUUUCGUCGGGGCGGGCGGACCCCUCCCUCGCCGAUUCGUUCGCCUCGGAGUUCGAUCGAGCCACACCCGACGUCUCGCCGCGGUCGUCGCGGCACUCUGCUUCCCUGCAGCCCUCGGCGUCGUCUCCGGCGCUGCUGGAGGCGCGGCGCGCGGCGGUCACGAGCUUCCCGCCGCCGUCCUCCUCUUCCGUGGCGGGCUUGCCCUCCUCGCUGUCUCUGUCUUCCACGUCGUCGGUCGCCUCGCUGGGCGCGGCGCCGGCGAGCGACGGCGUGGAGGCGGCGGUCGCGUCUCUGCCGCUCGCGCCGGAGGGACAGUUGUGGGAGGAGGCCGCGCAGAGGGGCGGGCCGGCAGGCGGCGCGCGGUCGCGGGCCCCUGCGGGGCUUCUCAGGCGGCGCGAGCAGGAGGGCGUCAUGCGCGACUGGACGCAGGUCGCCGCGUCGCUUCCGCUCGUAUACGUCCUCUGCCGCCUCAAGUUCCCCAGCGUUCAGCUGACGCUGCUGAGCGAGCCGAACUUCGUGCCUGUGACGCCGGGCGCGCGCCGGGAGCGCCGCGACCGCGACCGUGUCGGCGCCGCCGCGCGACCGCCCGGAGACGGCGGCGAGAGGGACGCGCGGGCGGGAGGGGCCGGCGGCGGCGGGCUCGCGAGUUCCGCGGAAGAGGGCGGCGGCUUCGUUCGCUUUUCGACGUUUUCGUCGUCACUUCUCGACUCAGACGAGGAGAGACUGGAGAAGACGCGGAGGAGGACGCCGCCGCUGGAUCGCGCGAACCUGGAGCCGUGUAUCGUCUCCAUCACGUCGGUGAACGGCCAGCAGUCUCUGACGCCAGUUCCGCAGCGCGCCACGCGCUCGGCGCGCACGCGAGCUGCCGAAGAGGCGCGAAGCAGGAGACUCAGGUCGGCCGUCUACACGUGUACCUUUCCUUCUCAGACGCUGCUGCUGACGCUGGGCACCGCCUCGAGCCACGGGGCAGCGGCGGCGGCGCGUCCGCGUCUGUCGUUUUGCCUGUCGCCCUGCUUUUCGUCCGCGACCACUGCGGUGCUGUCCUUCCUCUCGUCCUUCUCGAUUCUUGGCGCACUGGUGCGCGAGAAGCUCGCGCUGUACCGCCUCUUUCGCGCGCUGCUUUCCUCCUCGCUGUUCGACCGAGCCCCGGGGAACUUGCUCAACCUCGUGCAGCAGCAAGUCUUGGUGCCAGCGUCGCUGUCCUCCACCGCGUCGCUAGCCGCGCUUCACCUGAGCAAGGAGUCCCUCCCGACGAGCCGCGGCGAGAGCGGGGGACGCGACCUCCCCCGCGACGGCCCCCCCCCGUUCGCAGCGACGGCGGCGACCGCGGCCGCUCACAAGUUUCCGUCGGUGAGGAGCAGGCGCUCGGAGUUCUCGAUUUCUGACGAAGACCUCCUCGGCCUCCACUCACUGAGCAGGGAGAAGAGCGCGGAGGACGCGCAGGAGGCGGAGGAGGCCUGGGCGGGCGGCGAGGCGCGGCUCUGGCUGCGGCUGCUCGAGAGCUCGCUGGCGCCGCUGCCUCCGCACCCCGCCAGCUGCGAGCCGAGCUGCGAAGACCUCUGGAGGGAAGAAGACCCUGAGGACGUCUUGGGCACCGAGGGCUCCUGGGACGACCCCCGCCGCGCGCGCCCGCGCGGAGGCUGGCGAGAGGACCUCGACGACGAUCCCCAGGCCCGCGAGAACGGCGCGCGACCCACGCGCCUCACGUGCCCCGUGCAGCAGAUCCUCGUGGAGGACGACGGCGGAGGGCACUCCGAGGCGUUUCUGUCGCACUCCGAGGCGGAAGACGACGCCGAGUGCGGCGAGCGCGAGAAGAAGAGCGAGCGGGACUCGGCGUCGACGAGCACUGACCACCCCGCGGGACAAGAGAGCGCGAGCGGCGAGAGCUCGUGCCUCUCGCCCACGUCCUCUUUGCUGCGCGACUCAGGCGAAGGCGACAAGGCAGACUCACAGAGAAACACCCAUGCGCUGCACGCUGCAGCGGCUCCCGACGACGCGCGGCGCGCAGGGCCCGCGGACAGGGCCGCAGUCGGCAAGGCGCCUGAGUCGGCGAAGCUCACGCGGGCAACAGACGCGGAGGCGCUCAGCGGCAGGGAGGGCAGCCCUGCCCAGCGGAAAGGCGGAGGAGAGGCUGCGGAGCCAGACGAGCCCACGACCGCCGAGGUGCUCUCAGAGAAGCGCGAACACGCCGCGAAGCCGCUCUCAUCGGCUCCCUCGUCUCCCGCGCCUCAGUCGCCCCUCUCUGCAGACGCCAGCGGGCGCAGAGAGGCGCAAGAGAGUCUCGACGACGACCGCAUGCAUCCCCCGGUGCCUGAAGAACCGACUGUGGUGUCGCCGUCGGUGGCGCCGUCGGCGGCGCGGCUGCAGCGCGUGGCGGCGGGCGACGAGAUCCGCGCGGGUGAGGUCUCCUCCGCUUCGCGCGAGCGGAGACCUUCGUCCGCGGCCGUCUCCGACGGCGCGCGCGGCAAGGAUUUCUUCCGCUGUGAGCAGCCGCGCGGCGGGCGUGGGCAGGGGGAGGACGGCCGCCGCCAGGGGAAGGCGGUCGGCGCGGGCGAGGAGCCCUGCGGAAGCGGGGAGAGCCCGGGGGCGACAGCCUACGCGAGCGAUGCCUCUGUCUCGGCCUCCACGGUGCGCCUUGGAAACAUCCUCACACGCAUGGGAAGGAGGCGCGCGCCUGCCCUCAGCGGCGUGUCGCAGCCCCGCACCGUCUUCGCGCACGCCAGGUCGCGGGAGACGUCGCCGCACGCCGCAGAGCCGCACCACGCGGGCGCCGCCGACCGACGCGCGGACCUCGCGGAGCGGCGCGAGGAGGAAACCGGGGCCGAGGAGCCGAAAGCCGCCAGCGACGACGACGUCUUCCGCGGCCUUCGGCGGCCAAAAGCAGGAAAAAAGUCACACCCGUUCAAACUCUUCAACGGAUAA